UACACUACUACUUCUUCUAACUUCUCAACGUAGAUUCAAGUUUAUUAAACAAAUUCGAUUUCAAACGAUUUCUAUCGGCAUCCGCGAAAAUUGUCUCGCCCUCGCCUUGCUCAAACGUGGCCAUCCAGCUACGGUAAGAAGUAAACAAUCUCAAUUUUGGAAAGCGUUGUUCCUCGCUCGUCGUUCUUCGCCGCCAUUACGGUGUGGACCACGUGCACGCAACAGCCGUUUCCUUUGCUAGAAGCCGCCAUCGACGGACGUCGCCACUCGGUACAGCAGAGAUAAGAAGGAGAUAUAAUCUGAGUAACAAUUCUCAGAUUAUAUUCUUCUGUCUUUUUUAAUUAUAUUUGAACAACAACACAAUGUCACUGGAGCUUCGCGACUCGAUUAGUGAAGGAGCGUUGGAAAACACUUCAACGAUCCCAUGUUUGUACAAGGAAGUUUUCAAACCAACACCAGACAAUUUGAAGGAUGCGGACAGCGAAGACGACAAGUAUCAACGGCCCGAAGAGAACGAAUGGUUUCGCAGCAAGGAAGGCGAGUCUUCCGACUCGUUUCUGGAAGGUUUCUGUUAUCGCAAGAAAACUUUUUUCUGGGAGAAAUUUGACAAAAGUUUGAAAAUCAAACGAUAUCUUCUUAAUCGUUACGAGGCUCGAUCCGAACAUCAUCGGAGCAACAGACCGUACAAGUGCGAGAUGUGCGGCAUCGCUUUCGUCACGUCCGUCGCCUUGCGUCUUCAUAUAAAAAGUCAUUACCAUCUGCGUGUGCCCGACAAUCACAAGAAACUUCGAGUUUUCAAGUUAAAGAAACUUUUCUACCAGCGAUAUAACUAUGACUUUUAUGAAUAAGGAAAUGUGAUUUUCACACUCGGACGACAAACACAACAACGAAACCGAACGCGAAUUUAAUGAAUUCUCAACAACACAGCAGACUUUUUAGGUUUACGAUCGGCUAUCUCCUAGCCACGUUGUGACGUCAGAAAUGAGAAGCGAGACGAAAAGUUUUUUUCCGAACGAUAUGAUGUUUCUGUAAUUCUGUAUUUUGUGCGCGAAUCUGCAAACAACGCGUAUAAAAUAAAAUUCUUAAAAAAUAAUCAUAACGAUAAUAAUUUCUCAGCGGAAACAACUAUCACGUGUGAUUUUUUUUCAAUCUUCACAUUAUUUAAUUUUCGCCACAUAUUUGCCAUGUGCGUAUAUUUCGCGCAUCCGAUGAUCAAGAUUAACUUUUCACGGAAAAAAAUUGAGAUCUGCUCUACAUCGCAGGAUUCUUCUCGAUCGUUUCUCAAUUCUGAAAACGUCGUAUAAAAGCAACACGACUGUCGGGAGAAGUAGCCGACCCUUCAUGAAAAAAAAAAAGCGGACAGUGAACAAUGAAAUAUUCCGUGUGACGACUACUGGAAUUAUCUCAACCGACUCUCAACCGAAACCGAAAUAAUUUGAACGUAAGCUCUACUUGAGAAACAAAGCGCGUUUGCAUAAAAGUUUUUUUUAUAUUGUCGAUAAUCGAAACAAAAAUUAAUCAAUCAAAACGCAUAUCUUUCUCAUAUUUCAAAAUUGGAUGUAGUUAAAAGAAACAGUUGAGUUUUUUUACGUGUCAUUUCCAAUAUCUACGAUGUAUUAAUAUUGUACGCAGAAAAAAUUGCAAUAAAGAAAA